GUUAACCUAACCUAGUGAUUCUGCCAAUUUAGCUGUGAAAAUAAUAAAUCCCCGAGUUGAUGCAACCAUUCGAAAAGUAAUGGACACAUUUUUUUCAUUACAAGAAACAGUGUUUCAGUGAAUGGGAAGUGUCUUUGCCAAAAAAAGGAUGACUGGCUCCAAGCUCAAGAACCUCUUCCCCUGUUGCCGAAGAACGAGAACCGUCAACAUGCACGGCGAGACCACCCUCCACAGGGCCGUCAAGGGCGGUAACGAACAGAAGGUGCUGAAAUUGCUCAAGAAGGGCGCGGACGUGAACGCAUGUAACAGCGACGGUUUCACCCCCGUCCACUUCGCCGUCAAAUACGGCCAUCCGAACCUGAUCAAGAUCCUCAUGGAGCACGGGGGCGACAUCAACAGAGCCGGCUUCCACGGCUUGCGACCCUUCCACAUGCUGAUGGUGUCCAGGAACCGGUACAACUGUCUGGAAGAGAUACUCAAGUACAAGCCGGAGAUUGACGCCAGGGAGGUACUGGGCAACACCAUACUGCAGAUCAUGGUCAUGAUAGCUCCGUACAACACGGACGUGAUCUUUAAGCUGCUCGAACACGGCAGCAAUCCCAACAACCUGAACGUCGUCGGAAACAACUGCCUCCACAACGUGGCCAUGUUGGACCAAUCUGUCAGCGCGAACAGAACUAGAAUGCUGGCCGGGGCCCUCAUCAGGAAAGGCCUGGACGUCAACGCCAAAAACAGGGCUGCCAACACACCCCUACAUUUUGCGGCAAGAGGAAAUGCCGCCUUGGUUGGCAUACUGUUGGAAAAAGGCGCCGAUAUCAACGCUGUCAACAACGAAAACCUUACGCCUUUCGACUUGGCCGUCAAAUCUAACAAGUUACCGGUCUUUGAACAGCUGAUCAAAUACGUCGUACUGAGACUAGACGCCAACCUGGAAGUCAAACAGUCCAUAAUCGAUCAUAUAAGCAACAGCGUAAUGUUAAGCAAUAUACGUCAGAAAUACGUGCAUGAAAUGAACGUUUUGAAGUUUUUAAGAGUCACUGAAAACUCUAAACUUUCUUAUCACGAUUUGUUAUGCAGCGAGAAAGACAAAAGACGAAUCGUCAGAAACAUCAAAGCGUUCGGUGAAAUUUCCUGCAGUUACAUCAGAUAUUCGUCUUAUAAAAACGAGAUUUUCAACAAUUUGAAUGAAGAGGUUGCUGCUCAGAAGACAGAGGACGAAGCAUAUAGUAUAUUGAGCAAGAUGUUUUGGGAUAAAUUACCUGAUCUGUGCAUAGCAAGGAUAGCUUUUUAUCUGGGAGCGAAAGAUAUACAAAGUUUAAGAUCUGGGUUGGAUGAAUCCAAGUUCCAAUAAUAAUUAAGUGCAAAUGAAAGAAAACUAGAUUAAACAAAGCGUGGUACGAUCUGUUAUAAAUAAAUACCAAAAGGCUCAAAAACUGCGUUGGUAUUGAAAAAAAUAUGGCGUCCAUUUCCGGUUCACCGGAAGCGUCGACAUCUUGAAAAUAAUUUAUCAAUACUUCCCAAGAAUCUGGACUUGAAUUUAGUAAAUUUCUUGUUUUAUUAAAUAAUCCUCAGUACGUAUGAUAUUCAAUAUCAUAAAGCAGUUUUCAAAAAUCCAAUUCCAAUUCAUUUUUUCUCAAACUACGCAGAAAUAUCAAAUCAAUGAAAUUAUUAUCGAAGAAGUUUUUUUGAUACACAAUUGACAAUAGAAGUAAGUGUAAUGAUAUUAUAUCGUUUAUCCUAAUAUCGCAGUUUCAUCAAUUUUUAAGAUUGAGGUAUGUAAUAAAGUAUUAAUACUAUAGUAUUUUUGUAUAUAAUGUAUAUUUUUAUGUUCUAACUUUUGUAUAAAUGUGAUUAAUGAAAAGAUUUACCAUAAUUAAAGAUAUAUUUUCCAUGUA